AUGCACCGAGAACGGCAAGUGGGUGCUCCGGCCUGCACUCCAGCGGAAGUUAGCGCGCCAGCUUCGCGUGUCCAGCUCUUCAUUGCCUCGUUUUUGCGCAAAGCUUUCAUGUUCGCUCUGGCUGACCUGCUGAACCCGCCGCCGUCACAGGAAGGGCGAGCUCCCGAGGCUGUGAUGGUUGAAGCUGAUGCGCCAGCCAACUCCGAUCCAAACACAGCAAACGAACAGAUACUGUCGAAUGACGCAAAAUCGCCAAAACAUUCUGCGCAGACCAGGAAAACCGCGUCGCUAAUAGGAUCAGCAGUGUCGAGCGAGACUGAAUCGUCGAGCCUACCAGCUCUGCCAAGCGACGUUAACACGCUUGCUUGUCUAAGCCAGCAUGAAUUGUCGCCGGGCAAGCAACCGCGAGCAGGCAAAUCUAUUUCGAAAAGGACGAUUUACUACGAUGGCCGAGAAUGGGAGUACAAAGGCUACAAGUGGGUCAAACAGGGCAUUCUGUCCUUGAGACUGAUGCCUGUCGGAUCGAACGAGAUAAUUGAGUUGGUCCACGAGAGAGACGUGCAACUUGAUAAUCAGAAGGGCCUUCUCGAGCUAUGGAAGGGCAUCGGCCGACCUAAGCCUAAGAACAGAAUGUACCAGCCAUUGAGGAUUCUUGACGAAACAAAGGAUGAGAAAUUCGAAUUGCAAUCGACAGGUUUCGACGAGGAGUCGUACUCACUAGAGCCAGUAUCAAAAAUGUGGAAAGUCGCCCCGGGUUUAGUGGAUGAGUACUACGACAGGCAAACACAAGGCGAAGCGAGCCAUGCCGUCAAACACGGUGGAAGACGCCCAGUUAGGCGGCCACAGCUUCCACCAGGCCCAAGACGUAAACCUACACAUCGCCCACAAGCCCGCGGCGGUAAAGGACCCUCGGCAAGGCGGCGGAUUUGA